CACCUAGUUGCUUUACAAACCACGUUUCUAUCUCUCUACAAAGCACCAGCAUUAAUGGGGGCUCUCCUUCUCCAAAUUGCUUUUUCUCUUUAACAUCUCUCCAUCUUUCAGGUUUAUAACUUUUUUCAAUCACUUGUUCCAUGGCAGCUUCCCUCUUUUCUCACUCAAUCUCUCCCUUUCUUCCUAACUUCCCUUAGCCUUUUGUAUAUAUAUCCAACACUUUCUGUUACCUUCUCUCUAUCAUUCUUAAUCUUUUUGUUUAGCCUUGUUUUCUCUGUAAGGUGCUUUGAAUUUAGUGGGUUUUACACAAUAUAAUAAGCCAACAGGGUUUUAGCUAUUUGUAGAAUGGAGAACAAUUCUGGAUUUGGUAAGGAAGACGAUCAGAUGGAUUUGCCACCUGGCUUCAGAUUCCAUCCCACUGAUGAAGAGCUCAUCUCUCACUACUUGUACAAGAAAGUUCUUGAUGUCAAUUUCUCAUCUAGAGCUAUUGGAGAUGUUGAUUUGAACAAGUCUGAACCUUGGGAAUUGCCUUGGAAAGCAAAGAUGGGAGAGAAAGAGUGGUACUUCUUUUGUAUGAGGGACAGAAAAUAUCCAACUGGGUUGAGGACUAAUCGGGCAACCGUUUCCGGUUACUGGAAAGCCACCGGGAAAGAUAAAGAAAUUUACAGAGGAAAGUCACUUGUGGGAAUGAAGAAAACUCUUGUUUUCUACAAGGGAAGAGCCCCAAAAGGAGAAAAAACCAACUGGGUCAUGCAUGAAUAUAGAUUGGAUGGGAAAUUUUCUGUCCAUAAUCUUCCCAAAAAUGCAAAGAAUGAAUGGGUGAUUUCGAGGGUGUUUCAAAAGAGUUCAGGUGGGAAGAAAAUUCAUAUUUCAGGGAUAGUAAGUUUAGGGUCUUUUGGCAAUAAUGAAUUAGGUCCUUCUGGUUUACCUCCAUUAAUGGAUUCUUCUCCUCCUGAUAAUAAUAACAAUAAUGGCGGCAAGUCCACUAAACCUCUUACUGAUUCGGCUUACGUGCCCUGCUUCUCCAACUCAAAUCCCAUUGAUGUUCAAAGAACCCAACAAAACUCAUUCGAUUGGUUGAACAAUCCUCUCAUACCCGUUUCUUCUUCCAACCGAACCGACCUUUUCCCACGUAUCCCAUUUCCAAAUUCAUUUCAUUCCCCCCCUUUGUCCAUCCCAGUUACAUCAAAUUUCCAAUUUCCAGGUUCAAUUCUAAUGCAAGACCAGUUAACCCUGAGGGCCUUAAUCGAAAACCAAACAUCAAACAUGAGACAGAGUUUCAAAACAGAGCGGGAAAUGGUCAGUCUUUCACAAGACACAGGGCUGACUGGCGAUAUGAACCCAGAAAUAUCUUCAGUUAUGUCCAAUUUCGAAAUGGUAAAGAGCCAAUUCGAGGAUCAAGAUCAGGUUCCUUCAACUUCAAGCGGAGCAGUGGAUAUUGAUAAACUUUGGAAUUAUUGAAACUAGGAGAUGAAAUGAAAUUAUUAGUAAGAAGAUAAGCAUUAUUAUUAGUUAUUAAUUAUUAUUGGGUAUUGUAUUAAAAUGGUGAUGGGUGUGGGUCUGUUGUAUAGAUAUUGUUGAAUCUCAAAUGAAAGCGAACCAUAUAAUUGUGAUUAUGAUUAUGAUUAUGUAUUUGUGCAAGAAAUUAAAUGAAGUUAUUAGCUGUA